CUGUGUUCGCUGCUUUUCUAUCAGAUGUAAAAUGGACGGGCGGUCGUGUCGCUGCGCGCUCGCGAACUCCGCGUGUUCGUUGUGAAAUCGAUGUUUAUUGUUUUAUAUUUUGACGUGAAUACGAAUAUUGUUUACGCGAUUGUACGACUACUUCGGUGUUCGGUUGCCGAAGGAGAUUGUGUUUAGUGCAUGUGUUUUUUGUAUGACGUUAGCGCUCACUUCAUUUGCAGUGAUUUCGCUGAUAGCUCACUCACCGGUGGGUGCGCGCGUGAUAAACUACUUGUUCGGUACGAAAAAAGGCGAUUAAUCGUCUAGUGUGGGUGUUUUACAGUAGCAUCAUGCUGUGUACGGUGACAUAGUGAACGUUGAAUAGACCCUGACCUCUGGCAAUCAUGUCUGGGCGAUCGGAUUGCAGGAAAUUUGCACCAAACAUCUUCAAUAAGAGCAAAUGCACUAAUUGCUUCCGACAGAAGGAGGAGCAUAGUGCUGAAGCUUUGGAAUCUAAUCGGGCAAGCCGCAAGAUAUCAAAAUGCGGGUAUCUAUUCGUGGCUCCCGGGUGGGACUUCUCCAAUCCGCUCUACAGAACAAAGAGAUGGCAGCGGAGGUGGUUCGUCCUGUACGACGAUGGCGAGCUGACGUACUCGCUGGACGAACACCCAGACACAGUCCCUCAAGCCAGCAUCGACAUGACGACGGUGCUGGAGGUGAGCGAGGCGGACAGCGUGACGGGGCAUGCCUACAGCCUGGCCAUCACGGCUCCCGAGAGAGUCACCUUCGUCAAGGGCACUUGCCGCGAGGAGGCCAGGUGGUGGUCUGAUGUGCUCAGCGUCUAUCCCAGAAGCAAGGGUCGGCAUAAGAGGAACGCCACGUUUCCCGGUGGCCAGACUGCGAGCUUGCUGCAAUCAUCGACUACCAGAAAAUAUUCAGCAGACGCAUCGACGCUUCGCGACGUGGCGGACGGGUGCCAGGCGUCCAGACCUCGGUACUGCUCGGGAGGCACCACGACCUGGCCGGGCCCGAGGGUGCAGCCGCCGCAGCCGGAGAUCCCCAGCCUCGCGGCACCAACACCUAUUGACACCAAAGUAUACACAGACCAGCCUGUAUCGUCGGCCUCCCCGCCGACGCGAGACAAGAUCAAUGGUGAGGAGAAGGCGCGCUCCCGCCGCCGGGAUACCUGGGCAGAGCCCACCUCGCCACCCGUCACUGAUGAUGCGACUGUAGGUGUUCGCUCGCCGCUACUGCAGCAGCAGCACCAGCAGUAUGAUGAGCAGCUCCGUGACAUUGCCGCGUCGCUCACCCGGCCGCGCUCCCGCAGAGCUCUUCCGCCCACGCUCGAGAGACCUACAAGACUGCCGCCACCUGACCGACUACCGGCUCGCGGUUCUCCGGACGGUGGAGCUCCACCAGAAGAACCCAGUUCGAGUUCAGCAAGCGAAGGAAGCGAGCCAGCGGACGCAGCAGAACCCACUGAAAAUGGAGAAGGCGGUCGAGUAGAACUGCCCGCCGAGAGGCUGCUCCACGCACGAGCUGGGUGGCUGCAGAGGCGAGGACCGGCUGGCUGGUCGCGACACUGGUUCGUCCUCCGAGGGGCAGCCCUUUUGUACUUCAGAGAUCCCCAUGCAGAACAGCGAGGACUGAUGGAUGGAGUCAUAGAUUUGAGUGGAAUAUCAAGGGUGGUGGAGUUGCCAACAUCGGCGUCCACAAAUGGAUAUGCUUUUGAGACUGAGACUUGGGAUGGAAAACAUAUCGUGCUUUCCGCGGUAACGGCUGGCAUUCGAGCCAACUGGGUGUCAGCUAUGCGACGAACAGCCGGCUUGCCGGACACGGGACCGCUGUCACUGAUUCUAAGGGAGGAUGCUGUGGACCAGGCUUCUGAAUCCUCAACAUCACCUAUUACUCCCAUCACACCUGUCACAGGCAAGUCAGCACCCUUCUCGUCCGACGAAGAAUACCGAACGGCAUCUGAAGGUGGGCGUAGAGAUAGUGCUGACUGGGGAGACCUGGGAUCACAGCCUCCACCGUCUCCACUUCUCACUAGGACCCCAGUAUCCAAAGUCAAAGAAAAAGUUCGCGGAAGAAGUUCCCAUCACACACCCCCACGUGCCGAUACACCGAAGGGUGAAAGAGACGAAAUUGAUUCAACCAAAGAAAAAGACCGCACCGCCGACGAAGUGGAUGAAAACGAAAAACCUGUAGAAGCGAGAAAGCGUAGCUACAUAUCGACCAUCGACAAACAAUCCAUCGAAAUCGACGACUUAAGGAAACAACUUAAGUUUGCACUGAACGAUGUCAGCGCUGCGGAAGCCGAGAUUUCAAGGCUACAGAAAUUAAAAACAGAGGCUGCUUUACAAGAAAAGCAAAUGGAGGAGCUAGUGACGAAACUGCAGAAGAAGGAAGAAGAGUUGUCACUGAGAACUAAAGAGGCUGAAAACUUAGACGCAAUCAAAGAUUUAUAUAACCAAGACAAAAAUCUUUGGGAGUCAAAAUUAACUGAAACGCAAAACUUUUUGAAAGAGUCGACUGAACAUUGUGAGUUAUUAACACGGCAGUUGACUUCAGCACAGGAAACAAUAGUCCAGUUACAGCGAGAGGUCAACGAACUGAAUGAAAAGUUGUUGAAGAGUGUCAAAGAUAGUGACAGCUUAUAUACAAGAAUAAAAGAUCUCGAAAGUCGGUCAGCUGUUGAAUCAGUUAUGCCAACCAGAGAGAAGAGAAAAAGUAUUGGCUCCCUCAGCGACCUUACGAAUAUAAACCAAGACUUAGAUCUAGAGUCUUUGGAGAAAGACAGGUUAAUAGAGGAGUAUGUUGAACUAAGGGACAGGUUCCUAAAAGCUAUUGAUGAAAUAAAAGCCAUGAAGAAGGAACUGCGUGACUCACAUAAUAUGUACGAUGAGCUUGAAAUAACCAACAUGAAGUUACGAAAUGAAAUGAAACUGCGAGAACAGUGCAGCCGCUCGGAGAUAGACCUGAUGGCAGCCCGUAUACUUGACCUGACGCAGAAGUUAACUGCGUCAGAUAAACAAGUGAGGACGCUGAAACACAAAAUACAGAAGUCUGAGUCGAGGGAGAAACGGCGCAGUCUCUCCUUAAAGGGAAGAGAAUCAUUCACUCUCGGUAAAGAAGUCGAGGAAAAAUUAACAGAGCUCGAAAACAAGAUCACCAUGUUAGAGACUGGCGAGCCGGUCCCCACGAUUAACUCUCCCUCCAAAAGUGCGUCUCCUGCCAAAGAAAAACCGUCCAAAUCCGAAGGUCUCUCGGACGAGAAGCGGAUGAAGAGACUCGCCGCUCGCCUGAGGAGGAAGUCUCUCGACAGCGCCACCAGCUCCGAGCCCAUGAAAAUGCUUGUUCGAUUAAGUUCGCUAGAAACCAAAGUCGCUUCCGCCCUCGAGAACCGUAAGGACCUCACCAACUCCUGCGAGUCAUUAAGUCAGGUUACACGAUUCACGGAGAGUCCGUCGUUCAAUGAAAACACCGAAAUCGCUAACAUUGGGACACAGUCGCAGAGGCAUCUGCUGGAGAGGCUGCAGAGCCUGGAGAAUGUAGUCAUACAUUCAAGGAACAAGGUUAACGAGUGCCUCUGUCAAAUGAGUGCAAUGAGGGCGGCCAAGUCGCGCAGGUCACCCUCACCCAGUCUCGAAAAGAAAUACAGCCUUAAGUCAAUGGAGAAGUGCCUCACGGAUGUUAGCAAGAGGCUGCAAGAGUGUUUCGAUAAGUGUGUGGUUGACUGCGACCAUAAUACGGAGGAACCGAAUGACAGCGUAGCCCAAGUGGUCGUGCAACUUGAAGAACAACUUAGAACUAAACUCCUCGAGAUAUCCAGAAGGAAGGCGGCGCUGUACGAAGCUGGCGAGCUGACGCAGAGGAAGAGUCUGGAGAUCCUCGCCGAGAAACUGGCGUACGAGGCCGUACUCGUCGGCAGAAUACAAGAGGCCCUUGAGUCCUCCAACGGAAGCAGAUUCUUUGCUAGAUUGAUCAAGUCUGAAAUUAUCGAAACUAGUCAACUUAUAGAUAACCUCAAACGCAAAAUUACCGGUGAAGGCAGCAGGAGCGGCGCCGGCACCAGGAGCUCUCUCGACUAUCUCGCGAUGAUCCUGACGCGUAAGAUCGACAUCGUCAACGGGUCCCGCGAGGCGCAGGAGCGACGCCGCUCUGAGCUCAUCAUCCACGGCGCUGAUCUCGAGGCGCUAAAGGCGUCGCAGCGCGAAGUGGCAGAAGCAGUCGACCGCUAUAAGAGCGAAAAGCUGGCCGAGCUGUGUUCCGCACUCGCUUGCGAAACACUCAGCUACGCGGCCCCAGCUGACGGCGACAUAGAGCGACAGCGUGCAAACUUAGAAGCGGCCCGCGUCCGCGAGGCCUGGGCCGCCGCCCGGGACGCGCUGGGCGCCGAGCUGGUGCAGGCGGAGGUGACGCGCGCGCUGGCCCGCGCCGCCGCGUCCUGCGACCAGCGCCUGGAGCAGGCCCGGCGCGCGCGCCUCACGCUCACCGCGCAGGACCGCGCCGACCUGGAGCUGUGGUGGCAGGCCGCGCACGACCACCUGCGCUGCGAGAUGGACGCCGCCGUCAAGGACAUCGCCGCGCGCUACCGCAGCUGCCUGGCCGGCGAGCGCCGCGCCAAGGAGGGCUCGCCCGGCCUGGACAGCCGCGCGCUGUUGGCGCAGCUGGCCGAGGCGCUGGCGCAGCGCGCGCUGGUGGACGCGCGCGUGGCCGUGCUGGACGGGACCUACCGCGCCUCCUCCCCGCGGGACACCGCCGCCGCGCGCCGCUCGGCGGAGGACGCCAUCUCCUCGCUGGAGGCCGACCCCGCGCAGGAGGCGGAGUUCGUCUACUUGUUCCAGCGAUUCUCGACCGAGUGCCGAGCGCUCUUCUCCAGUGACUGUUCGGGUAACAGUGAAGACUCGAUGAAGAUCGGCGAGAGCCUCGAGCGGGUUGAAGCGGCAGUGGCCGAGGUGCAGCGUCAGCUGCGCGAGCGCGGCGGGGAGGAGGCGGGCGCAGGCGGGGCCCGGGAGGGGUCCCGCGAGCCCUCGCCCGCCGGCGCCAGCGCGCUCGACCGUAUUGACGCUCUGCGCCGCCGUGUCGAAGCUCUGCAAGCGCUGGUGCCCUGCCAGCACUGCAAGCAGCUGCAGGACGCGUUGGACAGACUACACGAGGAGCGUGCUCGUGGUGAGUGCGCACUGGCGCAGCAGGCGAGCGCGCUGGCCGCAGCGCGUCGUGCGCGCGCGCAGCUGCUGACACAGCACGAGCGCGAGCGCGCGGCCCUGCGCGAGCGCGCCCGCACUCUGCAGCGACGCCUGGCCGCGCUCGACUCCGAGUACUCCGCACAGCUUGAGAACUUGCGAGCCGCUUAUCAGAGCGCAGUGGCGGCGGACACGCACGGCGACGGGCUGCGCGCGCGCUACCAGCAGGAGAUCGAGCAGCUGCGCGCUCUCUGCGAGAAGGGGCUGCUGGCCAUGGAGUCCUCGCACCGCCGCAUCGUGCGCGAGAUGGAGGACAAGCACCGCGCCGAGAGGGAGCAGCUCAGGCUGGACAAGGAGCAGGCCCUGGCGGAGGAGACCCGCGCGACCCUGGCGGCGCUGGACGCCAUGCGCAAGGCCCACGAGAGCGAGGUCCGGCGCGAGGUCGACAAGUUCAAGGCGGAGUUCCUCUCGCGCGGCGCACAACACGCGGACAUCACGCAGCUCAGCUCCCGACACCACCCAUUCUUCAGGCAAGAGAUGGAGGAGAUCAAGCGCGAGAUCCUGUCGCUGUCGGAGAAGUACUCCGUCAAGUGCGUGGAGUCAGCGGCGCUCGAGGAGAGGCUGGCCACCGCCACCGCGCAGCUUGCGCAGGCGCAUAACCACAUCAUGCAGCUUGACGCCAGGAACAAGCAGCUCCGCGCUCACUUGAUAUCCGAAGCGAAUGACAUGAAGAACUCUGACGCGUCGACUCUCUCCCAGCUCAUAGAGGACACUGGCUCGCAUGGGAGGGCGGAGGGCCCGCUGUGGGCGCACCUGCGCAGCCUCGCGGCCGGCUGGACGCGCGGACACAACAACACAGGCGAAGUCGUCGCUGUCGAGCCCGCUGCUGGAGGCGGCGCGGCCGGCGCGACCCGCCAAGAUACAGUACGCCAAGACCGAGAGCACAAGGAACCUGCAGCUCUCGCCCGUUCAGAAUUAAAGCCGAAAAAGCGCUGUUCGGGUCGCGGGCUGGCGCCCCUGUCGCCGAUGUCGCCGCUGGCGGGCAUGGUCGCAGAGCGCAAGAAGCGCUUCGAGGCGUAGCCCCACCCCCACUACCACGCCUGCACCUGGCCACUCGCCACUCGCUUGUACGCCGCACUAAACGUAGCCACGACGAAUGUGGAUAGCUUACCACAUGUAUUUUGUAUCUAAUCGGCCCGUUUUAUAUAACCAUAUAUAAGGAAAAAAUAACCGUCGUCUAUGGUAGCUUAGUUUGACAGCUUUUAUAGCAUAUGAUAUCAAAUUAGUAUGACUAAACCAUCGUAUACUAAGUAAUAAAUCCAAAUUAGUAAUACACGACGUAUAGGACCUAUGUUAUUGAUGUACUAAUAUGUUAAAAUGUAUACUUAUAUGAUAAGACCAAAUACACUUUCAACCAUAUCUAAAGUGGCCAGACCUUUACUCCCACCCACCACAUGUAUAUAAUCUUUGAGAACGUUACACUCUACUAAUUUUCUAAGUUUAGUUUUAGUCGAUUCGGUUAGUGAUGUGACUUGUGUAAAUUAUAUUAUGUAAAUACUAACGAUUGUAUCCUCAUUGUUUGUUUUCUUUAUGUUAAUCUUUAAGACGUUGUUACCAAAUAUUUCUUUGUAUUUAUAAUGUGUUUUGCGAGCAUUGGGGACGCAAUUAUCGGCACACAGUUAUAAAAUAACUUACCUCUUUUCCAAGUCUUGAACUAGCGAGUAUAUUUAUUUCUUUUACUUUUAGUUUUGUCUUAUUACUUUCUUGCAUUUCUCUAUUAUUGAUAACCGUAUGGUUGCGUCUGCAGCGCAUCUGGAUGCAUUGUAAUGGUGUUUAUAAGAGUGGACCUUAUCUGUAUGUGUGUCUAGAUAUAUUAUAAUUUAUAGAGUGUUUUGAUCGUUUACUGGCAUUUAUUGUCCGUAGAAAUUUAGCGAUGCUAUACAUUAACACAUAUGAUGUUUUAAUUUGACGUUUGGGCAAUAAAUGCAAAGGAACGGUUAGUAUAGAGGCAUAUUUAUACUCUUAAAUAUAAUUAUUAACAUGUUUACAAAAAUAAAAUAUAUAAUUUGCGUUAAUUUUGACUCUGAGCUCCCCACCUCUGUACAGAGCGCGACUGUUACCAUUCCCUGACUCCGGGCAUUGAUCCUGUCUUCCAGCGCACCUUCACAUUGUUGUGUAUAGUUUAACACUAGACGACCUAGGAUAGUUGUAUGUACCUAUUAUAUAACAUGUCACGAAAAAAUUGUAUACAUAAUAUAUAAAUGGAAUAAAUUGCUCAAUGUUAUCUAGUGGGUUAAAAAAAAUGUUAUACCAAAACUAUAGAAUGGAUUGUAAGUAAUACAAUGUGUGUAAACGACAUAAAUGUAAUUCUUCACGGCUAUAAUAAAUUAACUUAUGUUACUUGAGCUUUUUUAUACGCGGCCGGCGGCGAAGCGUGCUCAUAUGUUGUGUUCCCUUGUUUGUAUGUGUGUUGACAUACUUCCGCCGGCUGUCCUAGUUGACGUUGUGUUUAUAAUAACAUAUUAUAAAAUGAACAGUAAACUUACAUAAUACAAAA